AUGUCCCAACAUAAAAUUGCGCGACACAGAUUUCGACGAGAUCAAUCAACGUCAGAUUCCGCUUCAGCAUCUUCAAGCUCAUUCUUCAUCUCAGAUACCUCUCCUCUUUUCUCCUAUGGACUGCUGGGUGGAUUGGGUGAUUCAUCUUCACCGUGGACAGCGGGAUAUGCUAGACAGUCAGAUGGAUAUGAUGAGACCCUACAUCUAAGCUCGACUACUAAUUCCACUGUCGCAUUUAACGUCACUGCUUCAUCACUUAGCCUUUUAGUUCCUUCAUUCGAUAAUUGUCAAGCUACAAUAUCGAUUAAUUCAUCUUAUCCAAUUUCAGCAUGUUCGAUACCCGUGUCAUCAAGUUCAUCAGAAGUGAUUCCUUUCACUUUAUACAACCUCCCUCAAGGACUUCAUAACGUUUUAUGGAAUAGUGGUACUAUACCCAUUGGGGAACAAGUUAUUUUCUGGGGGAUAGAUGGUAUCAGACCAAUUGAGAAAACAGGUUUUUCAAAUGUUACGAUUGAUGAUUCAUUCGUAAACUCAUCAGAAGAAACAAAUGUUGGAAUCAGAUUCGAGGGUGAUUGGACACAUCUGAGUUCAGACGUACAUUCAGAUGCUCUUUCCGAAUCAAGUAAAUUGGACGGAGAUUAUAAUAACACGUUGGCCAUUACUCAAAAGACAGCAAGUGCGGUAACGUUCUUUGGAACAGGCUCUGCAAUAUAUCUUUAUGGAAUGGUUGGACCCGAUUAUGGAUCAGCUUCAAUUUCUCUCAACGGUCAAAUGGUAGCUCCGAACCUCAACUUCACUUCACCAUGGCAGAUGCCCUAUGAACUACUAUGGUUCCAAACUGGACUUGACAGUUCUCAAGCUAAUCAAGUCACUAUGACUAAUCUGGGUAACAAGAAAACGGGGUUGGACUUCGUCAUACUCACUUCUGAUUCUGAUACGAUAUCUAGACUCGUAUCCGGCGAAUCGGACGAUUUCCUAUCGAGUCUUAAAGGUAAAAUCAUCAUGGGCACCGCCAUACCACUCACAAUCAUCAUCUUAUUAUCCUUACUCACUAUAUGGAUCUGUUGUCAAAAAAGAUCAUCUCGACGUCGAAGACAUUCACGUGACUCGACAGCCGCUCUUCGACCUCCGACCAGAUCACGCAGAAGAUUAUCUUAUCAGUUCAGCGAAAAGCCAUAUGGAACGAAUAAAACCACUUCUGCUCGAUCUGUCUCAUCCUUUGAUGAUGUGUUCGUUUCAUAUGAUGAAGCUUUACGACAAAGAAUGAGUGAUAGAUGGCAAAGUCCAACCAGUCCUUCCAAUUCAGCUGGAACAGGUAGAGCAGCCAUAAUACCAAGAACACCAGCCUCUGCUUCUGCGUCACCCGGCAACGGCAACGGCACUAACAGUACGGGGUUGUCUAGUGUACCUGAAAAUAUGGUUUCUUCACCUGAAAGAGUCAGAUCAUUACUUGGCUCACAAUAUGCAGCUACGAAUCCACCGGAUUCAAGAAGAGGUACAGCUUUACCUGCUUAUACGCCUGAAGGUACAUAUGUGACAGUCAAUACAACCACCAAUACAAAUACGAAUGGCAAUUCACCUGUAAACGCCUAUGAAACUCUAACUGGUACUGGCCCUAGUUCAAACAUUUCUGAUUCAGCUGAAACUUUGGCGACGACAAACCCAAAUGCUGCUUCGCCAAUGACAAGAUAUCCUACUGCUGAAGAAGAGAAAAGAGCACAGUUAGCUUUAUUCAAAACUUUCGAUGCUGACUCAAAUGCGUCUCCAAACUCGAGUAUUUCUCGUAAUGAUGGUCCUUCAGGACUACAUCGUACACCAACCUCUGGAAGUGAACGAGAACGAGGUGGAAUGAGUCGCAAUAGGUCUUCCUCAAAUGCACCGAGUGAUAUUAUGUCAAUAUUCGGUACUGCACCUGGAUCAGAAGGUAGAUUGUCAAGUUUAACGGAUUGGACGUCAAAUUCACCCUUCAAUAUCCGACCUGAAUCAAGAAUGAGUUCGUAUCCUUAUCCACCUCAACCGAUAAAUCAGACUGCCCCCCUGAAGAUCCCUUCGCCUAAUAGCGGUCGUAUAGCAUUACCUUCAUCCAGUGGAAAUAGAACCGGAAACGGAAGUGGACAUCCCAUUCGACCAAAAGUAGACAUGACGUUCUUGACCACAUCAAGUAAAUCAAGUGGACACAGUCAUCCAUUUUUGGUUUCACCUUCCACAACAUCGGCGAUGACAAGAAACCCCUCAACGACAGGUAAGAGUUCAUCCAAAAUGUCAAACGGAUUACCUUCAUCUUGGAGUGCGAAUACACCUCAAAGUUCCUCGACAGGUGAAUACUCACAUGGAAAUGGUAUACCACAGAGACAUAGGAGAAAUCAAUCUGCAGCUUCUGCUUGGACCGAAAGAUCAGCUGCAAGACCUGAUAGUGAGGUGAUGCCUUUCGAGAAUUUCAUGAGUGGGCUGCAGGUCAUUGGGAAGGAGGAACAUCAUGGGUGA